AUUCUAACGGUAUUAUAAUUCUUUUCUUCUCUACACAGUUCAUCGUUUCUUUCUUGUUUCAAAAAAAAAAAAAAGUGAAUCGUUUCUCUUCAAAACCAAAUCGAAACCAAAAUCUCAAUGGUUUUACUCAAGGGAAAAUCUAGAGUGGGCUCAACGCGAGCCUCUGUUGGUGGACAAUCUCGUCCAACUGUUGGUGGUAAGAAUUUCAAGGUUUUUUCGGAAAAUGACCGGAAUAAAGUUGGCGAUGGACCCAUGACAUCUGCAAGAGAAGCAGGUGCAGCUUCAAGAAGGAAUGCUGUAGUACCCAACAAAGGGGUUAUUGCAAAUAACGCCAGUGAUCCAAAGGGUGACUUCAAAAGUAUGGAGAAAAGUAACAGAAAAUAUGGCACUGCUGCAAAUAUGAACGUGAGAAAGGCAUUGGCUGAUGUUACCAAUGCCAAUGCUCAAGGAAACUCUACAACAUCUAGCUCCAAAAUUAAGGUUUCAACAGAUUCAACCGCUAAAAUAGUGGGCAUCUCUUUGAGGAAAUCCUUCACGGUAAGAGAAAAAAGAAAUCCUAGUCUUGGUGGAGUUCAGUUAGAAGCUCCCAAUAGAGGCACAGGUGUAAGGAUGUCUUUAGGUGAUCAGAAGAAUAGUUCAAAUGGAGGUCAAUCAGUUGCCACAAGGGAUAGGUUUGCAAGGAAGCCUAUGUUACCUACAACUACAAGCACUUCAAGGAAGUCUCUACCAGUUCCAAGGAGGGUAUACAGAGCAGAAAUGAAUAACACAAAGGAAAAUGCUGGAAUUUCUGAAACAGCCAAAGGCCAAAGUGGUCUUCCAAGUAAGCUGACAACAGGCAGAAGAGUUAGUUCCCAACUAGUUAACGCAAGGAGCCAUCUAUGGAAGACACGAGCUAGUGAUGGGUUUGUUCAAAUGGUUACAACUAAUAUUUACGAAGCAUCCUCAAGGAAGUCCACCAAGCCUAUUGUUAAGACCACACUCAAGGCUUCUACAUCUCAGAAGACUCAACUAUCUAAAUCCAUAUCUGGUAAAAACAAACCAACUACUGCACUUUCAUCUGGUAAAAACAAACCAACUACUGCACUGUCAUCUGGUAAAAACAAACCAACUACUGCACUGUCAUCUAAGGAUGAGGCAAACGUUUCUUCGUCUCUUCCUGAGAAUAGUUCAGUGGUCGUUUCCAAUGAUGCAAAUCAAAGACAUCAACCAUCUGAUGGGGAGAGCAAUUUGAAAACGGAUUUAUCAGAGUCCAUUCCAAGAAAAAAGUCUAGUCGUCGAAAAUCUUAUACAACUUCAUUAAUUGAAAGAUCUAAGAUUCUGAAAGAAAAUGGUGAAGUUAGGGAGCAGGAUAACCUUCCAAAUAUAGAUGAUGAAUGCAAUCAUCUAGAAGUUUCUGAAUACAUCGAUGACAUAUAUCAGUACUAUUGGGUUACCGAGGCACAUAGUCAAGCUAUUUCAAAUUACAUGUCAAUUCAGACAGAGAUUACUCCUCAUAUGCGGGGCAUAUUGGUCAACUGGCUAAUUGAGGUACACUUCAAAUAUGAUUUGAUGCCCGAAACACUAUAUCUAACAAUGACGUUGUUGGAUCAAUAUCUUUCCCAAGUGACCAUAAAAACGAGUGAUAUGCAGUUAGUUGGUCUUACAGCACUUUUGCUGGCUUCAAAGUAUGAGGAUUUUUGGCAUCCAAGGGUAAAAGAUUUGAUUAGCAUCUCAGCCGAGUCCUAUACUAGAGAUCAAAUGCUUGGAAUGGAGAAGCUUAUUCUUAGAAAAUUGAAGUUCCGUCUUAAUGCUCCCACUCCUUACGUUUUUAUGGUUAGGUUUCUGAAGGCUGCACAAUCAGAUAAGAAGCUUGAACACAUGGCAUUCUUUCUCAUCGACCUAUGCUUAGUUGAAUAUGAAGCUUUGGCGUUCAAGCCUUCAUUACUAUGUGCAUCAGCGCUCUAUGUUGCACGUUGUACCCUGCAAAUAACCCCACCAUGGACACCUCUACUUCACAAGCAUGCUCGUUAUGAAGUUUCACAAAUCAGGGAUUGUGCGGAUAUGAUAUUGAAAUUCCAUAAAGCUGCUGGGAAGGGAAAGUUAACUGUCACGUAUGAAAAAUAUUUCAGAAAGGAACUCAGUGGGGUUGCAGCAGUGAAACCGUUGGAGAGACUUCCUAAUUGAUUCGACUUGUGUCGGAGAGUUAUGCUUUUGUAAUAUAUAGUAUGAAUUGACCAACUCUUUAAAUGUUGAAACACCUCUUCAUUUUUUUAUUCUUUAGCUAAAAAAUUAUGGGAAUAUCCCUUGAAUGAGCAGUUAAUUGCAUUGGUAAUGACAUAUAAUUGUGCAUCAAGAAAGGAAUACAAAAAAGCCUCGAGGUUUUUAUA